AAUCAUGAGUAUAUUUAUUCUAUUUCUCACCUAAAAGCUUUUAAGAAAAUAUAUAAAAUGAUUACUAUCGAAACAAGAAAAAGGCCCUCCUUGAUUGUAAUCUACUACUAGCUAGAUUUUCUCUGUUAUUAUAUAUGGCCAGAUAAAUACUUCCCACCUCAUUUUCAUAUUUAACAAAUAAACAUAUAUACUUCUCCAUGGCCCACCUAAUUCCUUGGAUUUAUUCAAACUUAAUGUACAAAAAUGUGCGAAUAAUCAAUUACACACCCACUGUGUGUAAAGCAUGUGAGAAGCUACCAGCAGUCCCCCAUUAUAUAAAGCCCUCAUAGCAUCCACCACAAAACUUGGCAACAACUCCAUAGUUGCACCACCAUUGUUGUUUGUAACAAAACUACACAAAAUCAGGCAUGGAAUAUAAAAUGAUUAAUCUUCUCCAAUCCGUAGAGCCCAAAGCCUUAUUGCUAAUCUCGUUGAUAAUCCCUCUGCUUGCCACACUCCUCAUAACAAGAUUCCGUCGCAAGCGGUAUCCUCCCGGGCCUCCGGGCUGGCCCGUGAUAGGAAAUAUGGGCCUGAUGGGCCAGCUGACCCACCGCGGGUUGGCCCGUUUAGCGAAAAAGUACGGCGGAAUCCUCCACCUCCGCAUGGGGUUCCUCCACAUGGUGGCGGUGUCGAGCCCGGACGCGGCCCGGCAAGUCCUCCAGGCCCAGGACAACAUCUUCUCGAACCGGCCCGCGACUAUCGCCAUCAGCUACUUGACGUAUGACCGGGCCGACAUGGCCUUCGCCCAUUACGGGCCCUUCUGGCGCCAGAUGCGCAAGCUCUGCGUAAUCAAGCUCUUCAGCCGCAAGCGGGCCGAGUCGUGGGACUCGGUCCGGGACGAGGUGGAUGACAUGGUCCGGGCCGUGGCCACCAGCAGCGGCACCGUGGUCAACAUAGGCGAGCUUGUUUUCGGGCUAACGAGGAACAUAACGUACCGGGCCGCCUUCGGGUCGAGCUCCCACGAGGGCCAGGAUGAGUUCAUCCAGAUUCUGCAGGAAAUCUCGAAAUUGUUUGGAGCGUUUAACAUCUCGGAUUUCAUCCCAUUCUUGGGGUGGAUUGAUCCGCAGGGAAUCAACGGCCGAUUGAUCAAAGUUCGGGCCCAGCUCGAUGGAUUCAUCGACACAAUUAUUGAUGAUCACAUGCAGAAAGCCCGGCCCGAAGAAGGCACUGAGCCCGUUGAGUCUGAUAUGGUGGAUGAGCUGCUGGCUUUCUAUAGUGAUGAGGCAAAGGUUUCGGAGUCUGAGGAUUUGCAGAAUUCGAUCAAGCUAACGAGGGACAAUAUUAAGGCAAUUAUCAUGGACGUGAUGUUUGGUGGGACCGAAACGGUGGCAUCGGCCAUCGAGUGGGCCAUGACAGAGCUAAUGCGAAGCCCAGAAGACCUGAAGCGAGUCCAGCAAGAGCUGGCGGACGUGGUGGGCCUGGCCCGUAAAGUGGAGGAGCCCGAUUUCGAAAAGCUGAGCUUCCUCCGCUGCUGCCUCAAGGAGGUCCUCCGCCUCCACCCGCCCAUCCCACUCCUCCUCCACGAGACGGCCGAGGACGCCGUCGUCUCCGGCUACCACAUCCCGGCCAAGUCGCGCGUCAUGAUCAACGCCUGGGCGAUCGGCCGCGACGAGGGCGCGUGGGAGGACGCCGAGGCCUUCAAUCCGUCGCGUUUCCUCCGCGAAGGCGCCGCCGAUUUCAAGGGCGGCAACUUCGAGUUCAUCCCUUUCGGGUCGGGACGGAGGUCGUGCCCCGGGAUGCAGCUGGGGCUCUACGCGCUGGAGGUGGCGGUGGCGCACCUCCUCCACUGCUUCACGUGGGAAUUGCCCGACGGGAUGAAGCCCGCCGAGAUGGACAUGGACGACGUCUUCGGCCUCACGGCGCCACGCGCCACCAGGCUCAUGGCCGUGCCCACGCCGCGCCUGCUUUGCCAGCUCUACUAGGCCCUCGCCUGCACUGCAUUUGGAUCUCUAUUUCGUUUGCUUAAUUUGUUACUUAUUAUACUUUACUCCAUCUUUUUUUGUUUUGGUUUUGUUUUUGGAUAUAGUUAUAUGUGUAAUUAAUUGAGAAACAAAAGACAAUAAAUAAUUAGUACCAAAUUGGGGAAAGAUGUGAGGGGUGGAAUUUGUUGAAUAUCUGGAUUGAUGGUUUGUUUUUCAGUUUUUUUUUUCUCAUUAAAUGGAAAAUGUGUUUGUUAUUCUA